AUGUCCAACAUUGAUAUCGUCCAGCCGUUGUGGGAUCUGAGCACCUUUACUGGACGGCUGAAGCACUACUUCUGGAUAACUGACCCGCGCACAUGUUUUGCCACCGACGAUGAGCUAGAUCGCGCAAAAGAGUUGUAUUUAACUGUGAAGGCCGGCACAAUACCUCAAAAUACAACGAUCGACCAAAUACAUUAUGCAAAAAAGCUGUACGAAAGCGCUUUUCAUCCGGAUAGUGGUGAGAAGCAAAAUGUGUUCGGACGGAUGAGCUUUCAGAUGCCGGGCGGUAUGGCCAUUACUGGUGCUAUGUUGCAGUGGUACAAAACGACAACCGGUGUAGUUUUCUGGCAAUGGGUUAAUCAAUCGUUUAAUGCGCUAGUCAACUACACAAACCGUAACGCAAACUCGUCCCUCUCAACCACGCAACUGGGGGUGGCAUACGUUUCGGCCACAACAUCCGCCCUUGUGGCCGCAGUUGGAUACAAAGCGUAUCUGCAAAAGCGAGCCACUCCACUGUUCCAGCGUUACGUUCCAUUUGUGGCGGUAGCGGCGGCCAACUGUAUCAACAUACCUCUCAUGCGGCAGAACGAACUUAUUUAUGGAAUUGGCAUCGAGGAUGAGAAUGGCAAUGUGGUGGGUUCGAGCCGGUUGGCCGCUGGUAAAGGCAUUGCACAGGUGGUAUUUUCUCGCAUUGCCAUGUGCGCACCGGGGAUGUUGAUUUUGCCCGUGAUCAUGGAACGAUUGGAGCAAUACCAAUCAUUCCGCCGUAUCGCUAUUCUUCACGCACCAUUCCAGGUUUUGGUCGUUGGUUGUUUCUUAACGGUAAUGGUUCCGACGGCAUGUGCAUUGUUCCCGCAAAAAGCUGAGCUGAGCACGAGCGUGAUGAAGUUGGUCGAGCCAAAGUUCUACGAGGAAAUGUGCAAGAAAACCGAUCGCAUACCUGAGCUUGUGUACUUUAACAAAGGACUGUAA